AUGGCUGAUCCGGACUAUUACGCCGUCCUCUCCGUUAGUAGAGAUGCUACGUCUGAUGAUAUUAAAAAGGCCUAUAGGCGGUUGGCUUUGAAAUGGCACCCAGAUAAAAAUCCGGAUAACAAGGAUUACGCCGAGCAUCGCUUCAAGCUCAUCAGCGAAGCCUACGAGGUUUUGUCUGACCAGUCAAAACGCCGGGUUUAUGACCAAUAUGGCAAACAAGGACUAGUCAACGGUGGUGCGACUUCGCAUGGAACGUAUGCCGGAGAAUUUGAUCCAUUUGCCUUUCAUCCAUUUCAAUUUCACUUCAGGGAUCCGAUGGAUAUAUUCCGUGAAGUAUUCGGCGGUUUCGGUCUUGAUAGCCUCUUUGGUCCCAGCUUGUUUAUGGGGUUAGACCCCAGCAACCCCUCCAAUCGUGCCCAUCGGUCCACUAGUCACCGUGCCACCAACCGCCAUUCUGGUUCUCCAUAUCACCAUGCUCAACAUCCCACUCGCUCCGCUUCUCAUCGGUCAGAUCUUGCUGUACCUUCAGAAAAUGAUUUUAUGGGUGGACUUUUUGAUUUCUUCGGUGGAUCUAUGCUUCAACCUUUCGGUAUGUUUGGAGCUCCAGAUUUUGGGAAUGCAAUCAGUUCUUCAACCGUAUUCGGAAAUUUUGGUGGCGUCCCCGUUUCGGGAGGAUACAGGUCGGUCUCUACCUCGUCACGCACGGUCAACGGAAGGACAGUGCGUGUUACAAAGGUAGUUGAAAAUGGCACUGAAACGAUCACCGAAGAAGUUGAUGGGCGAGUUACUACACGCACAACACGACCACACGGCGGGGGCGCCCUGCAAGCGAUGUGA